AUGGAUAAUGGAUAAAUAAUUAACUUUUAAGAUUUCAAAGAGAUUGAAUGUGAUUAAAAGUAUAUCACUUUUACCUUUAGCAAAAAGAAUAAAAAGCUCAAGAAUUACGAAAAAGCAUCAGAUAAAUUCAAAUCUUCCAUUUAGCAAGGCUUUUUCUAUAUUAAUAACAAUUUUGAUUUUUUCAAUCUUAAUAAAUCGUAAGAUGGCGUACUCAUUGAUGAAUAAAAUAAUAAAAUUGAAGUCAUUGAUGAAGAUAUUAUUGGCACCUAACUAGUGAUUUAAAAAGAUAAAAGUCCCAUAUUAAAUGAUAGAAAAAGACACUUAAUCAAUAUAGACCCACAUUCUUACAAAAUAGAUGCUAAAUUUGAAGAGAAGAUUCAAGAAAAUAAUAGUGUCUUGAAUAAAAUUUGUCAAUUAAUUAAAGAAAAAAAGAAUAAGAAUAAGAAAAAAAUUAUGCAAAAAAAAAAAUAGUGA